AACUCCAUUGAUAUGAAAAACUUGUUAUCAUCACUCUCAUGUUCCAAACUCACACCUUCAAUCUACAACAACCAUCUUCUCGAUUUCUUCGAUUCUCUUCUUCUUCAACGAUGCUCCACUCUCCAACAAGUUCGUCAAAUCCACACCCAAUUAAUCCUCACAACCGCCCACCAUUCCUCCUUCCUAUCCGCCAGGCUCAUAGCAACAUACGCCCGUUUCGGCUCCAUUUUCGAUGCCCGGAAAGUGUUCAAAACCACCCCAGUUGAGUCUCUUCAAAGCAUUCUCUUAUGGAAUUCCAUUAUUAGAGCCAAUGUAUCUCAUGGGUGUUAUGGAUAUGCGCUUCAACUUUAUGUUCAAAUGCGAAAGUUUGGAUUUUUACCUGAUGGGUUUACUUUGCCUUUGAUUGUUAAGUCGUGUUCUUAUCUUGGGGUUGUUAGGAUUUGUAAGGUUGUUCAUUGUCAUGUUUUGCAAUUGGGUUUUAGGAAUCAUGUUCAUGUGGGGAAUGAAUUGGUGGGUAUGUAUGGGAGAGUUAGGGGAAUGGAGGAUGCGUGCAAAGUGUUUGAUGGAAUGGUUGUGAGAAGUGUUUUGUCGUGGAAUACUUUGGUUUCGGGUUAUGCUUUUAAUCUUGAUUCUGUUGGUGCUUGUGGGAUUUUUAAACGGAUGGAGUUGGAAGGUUUGAAGCCGAAUUAUGUAACUUGGACUUCUCUUUUGUCGAGUCAUGCUAGGUGUGGACUUUGUGAUGAAACUAUGGAGUUGUUUAAGUUGAUGAGAAUGAAGGGGGUUGAGAUUAGCGCUGAAGCUAUAGCUGUGGUAUUGUCUGUGUGCGCUGAUAUGGAGGGAGUUCAAUGGGGGAAAGAAAUUCAUGGGUAUGUUAUUAAAGGUGGUUAUGAAGAUUAUUUGUUUGUGAAAAAUGCUUUGAUAGGGACUUAUGGGAAGAAGCAUGAGCAUCUUGGGGAUGCACAUAAAAUAUUUUCUGACAUAAAGAACAAGAAUUUAGUAAGUUGGAAUGCUUUGAUAUCGUCUUAUGCUGAAUCCGGAUUAUGUGAUGAGGCCUAUGAAGUAUUUUUGCAGCUGGAGAAAUCGAAUGGUUAUCCGGCGGUGAGACCCAAUGUCAUAAGUUGGAGUGCUGUGAUUAGUGGUUUUGCUUCCAAGGGGUGUGGUGAGGAGUCAUUGGAACUGUUUAGACGAAUGCAGCUUGCGAAGGUGAUGCCCAAUUGUGUCACUAUAUCAAGUGUUUUAUCAGUUUGUGCAGAAUUAGCAGCAUUGAACUCUGGCAGGGAGCUCCAUGCUUAUGCCGUUAGGAAUCUCAUGGAUGACAGAAUUUUGGUGGGGAAUGGUCUUAUUAACAUGUAUAUGAAGUGUGGGGUUUUCAAGGAAGCACAUUUAGUAUUUGAUAAUAUCAAGGGUAGAGAUUUAAUCUCAUGGAACUCACUAAUUGGGGGUUAUGGAAUGCACGGGCUUGGUGAGAAUGCUUUAAGAACUUUUGAUGAGAUGAUUAAAACCGGAAUGAGACCAGACAACAUCACAUUUGUUGCUGUUCUAUCUGCAUGUAGUCAUGCGGGUCUUGUUGCUGCGGGUCGCAACCUUUUUGAUCGGAUGGUCGGAGAGUUUAGGAUUGAGCCUAAUGUAGAGCACUAUGCAUGCAUGGUUGAUCUCCUUGGUCGUGCAGGGCUUUUGCAUGAAGCGAGUGAUAUUGUGAAAAACAUGCCGAUUGAACCUAAUGAGUGUGUAUGGGGAGCACUAUUAAACUCAUGUAGAAUGUACAAAGAUACAGAUGUUAUAGAAGAAACAGCAUCACAAAUUCUAGCCCAGAAGUCAGAAAUAACUGGGAGCUUCAUGCUUCUGUCCAAUAUUUAUGCUGCAAGUGAAAGAUGGGAUGAUUCUGCAAGGGUCAGGGUCUCAGCAAAGAAAAAAGGUUUAAAAAAGGUACCUGGUCAGAGUUGGAUUGAGGUGAGAAAGAAGGUAUACACAUUCUCUGCAGGGAAUGUAGUCCAUUUGGAGCAGGGUGAAAUCUAUGCGAUCCUUGAUGAAUUGGCACUUCAAAUGGCGAGUGUAAAUUAUAAUAUCAAUAGUUGCUUUGAUCAACAAUGUAUUUGUGACCAAUCAAAGCUCUUACUGGAAACUGAGAGAGACUAG